UCAGAGUUCAGACUCAAGUAAGCACCUCACCUGGAGUUGAAUCAGACCACAAUCAGACACAGUUUUCAAUCAGUGGGUGCCUUCAGACCAAAUAAGGACUUGUCAACCUGUGGAUGAACGUUGAACUUGAAAGUUAAAUCAGAAAUCAGACACAAUUCUUAAUCUGUGAGUACAUUCAAACCUAAGUAAGAGUAAGGACCUGGACCUUGGUUGAAUCAGAGAAAGUUGGGGCCGAGAGGGCUGAAAAAAGCUGGAGAAAAUAUCACCCAAACGAGCUGAAAAUUUGAGUCCGGACGUCCGGAGGUUUUUCGAAGAGUAGAGUUCAUUUUUCCGGUAUCAGUUGUGCUUUGUGCUGUCAACUGUCACUGCUGUCAAAAUUGAAAAGGACAAGGACAUUAAUUUUAUAACAAAGAGCAAGCUCAAGAACGUCCCUCUCCCUCAGUUACCUCAGUCCCUCAACCUCAUCAAAAAACACGAAAAUUUUCUUGUUCUAUUGAUCUAUUCAUGCUCGUAGCGCUCUAACCGAAUAAUGAAGGUACCACACUCGAGAAUUCUGAACCUUCCAUCAAGGCCAUGAAGACAGAUCGUGCUGUUAUUAUUUUAUUCUCAUUCUUGUGUUUUCAAACGAACAGCUGUUUUUCUUGAUGUUUGAUAUAAAAUUGCGAAAAAUUCUCGGAGCUGUUCUAUCUUGCGAAUAAAUCAAACGCGUAAUAUAUAAAUUUCUCAUGUUCGCAACGUGUAAAUGCUCGACGUAUUGAAUGAUUGGUGUUUCAAAUCAGGUGGAAAAAUGUGUUUGGCGUUGAACGAUAAUGGGAUCCAUAGCUUCUGUACUUCAGUGGCACUGCGAUACCUGCUCUCUCGUUAAUCCGACCGAACGAAUAACAUGCAUCAGAUGUGGAGCACUAAGGAUCCCAACCAAAACCGUGCAUGAUCCAAACUCGUACGAAAAUUGGUCCGCAAAUGACGUAUCCAAGAACCCGCCAUCAUCGGUGGAAGUGAACUCGUACGUUAAGGAUAUCUCCACAACAUCUAGACGUAAGUCGAAGUUGAAGAAGCAUCGAAGUUUACCAUCGUUGGUGUACGAAACACGUUGCGAAGAGUGCGAUCUUCAGUUGUUAUCGGGCUGCGUUUCGUGCCUGGUAUGCGAUCGAGCAGCGGAUGCAUCCGGGCGUAAUAUUAUGCUGUACAAGAGUCCGGCGACGACGGUAAAAAGAACUACAUCGUUGAACGGAGCUGGUCGUAGUAGUACGACGGUUACGGACCAGAGUUUGCAUCAGUUACCUCAUAUCGAUUGUCGAACGCGUACGAAUCAGACAACAUCACUGCUACCGGAGACGGGUGAAUCUAGUCGCGUAUCUGAUAUGGACCUGUGGCUGUGCCCUAUGUGCAAUCACUCGAACACGGAUUCCGUAAUCAGAUGUAUCGCUUGUAAUGGCAACAAGACUGAAAACACUGCGCAAAAUUCUCGUAAAAACGAUAACAAUAAUAACGAUCGUACGAAUAACAACGGUAAACAUGGGCCAGAACGUUGCGUAAACGGUAACGCAACCAAAGUUUCAUCUAAAAAUACACCGGAGUCUAAUAAAAACCUGUAUCGAAGGUCUUGCUCCGAUAUAGUAACCAAACCAACCAAGUCAACUCAUAGAUAUAGUCUGGUCAACGGUGAAGAAUCGCCUAACCCAAGUGCUACCAAAUACUCAUACAUCGGUAUCAGCGAUCCGGCGUUGUACAAUAAUCCGAACGAAUCUAGUCAAAAAUCGUGGAUUUGCGAUCGUUGCUCGUACGCGGAAAAUCGAGCCGUUUCUACGAAAUGCGAAUUGUGCGAUGCCGAACGCGUAUCUUCCGAGUGUUCUAUUACCGUCACCAAGGAUACGGUCAGAUAUACGCCGCCGAAACGUAAAAAUUCCGAAAGCUUAGAGCAAGAUUUCCAGUAUCUCACCGUCACCGAUCAGUACAUCAAAGACAAAUGGAUUUGUAAAAAGUGUACUCUAGUUAACGCCGAUCAUAGUGAAAUCUGCGUCGUAUGCGGUGGUUCGAAAAUACGCAGCUUGACCAGUACUCCAGAUGCGACGCUAAAAACCGGUGAAUUCUGGUCGUGUCCUAGGUGCACGUUGAAGAAUACGUUGACUGAUUUGGUUUGUAUCGCGUGCCAAACUCCGUACAGCGAUAUCACUUCUUCUGUAUUGUAUAACAGCAGUACAGGUCGGUACACGGUUACAACUCCACCCAAGUUUAGUAGCAAAGACCAUAUCAUAUCGAGUAGAAGACCGAAACCGACGCACAAACCGAUUCACGACGGAACGAAGUUUUUAUUUUUUGGCAAUUUGAACGACGAUAACGUAAAAGACAUGGGGCAAGAGAAGAAGACUUGGUGGUGUAACAAAUGCACCUACGAGAAUGCAGUCGAGUCUCCUAGCUGCGAAAUGUGCCAAAGCUCUAGACCGGUGUGUAAGGAUAUGUUCAAGUAUUCCGUCGAUACGUUUUCCAAACAACUAUCGUACGAAGACAAUUCAUCCAUCGUUCUUCGAACUCACUCUGAAAUGAAGCAGCAAGCGGAGAGUGAGCUUAUGGAGAAAUUGAGAUGUAAAGAGGAGAAAGAGGCCUUGGUUAAUUGGCAAAGGAUCGUACAGUAUUGCAAAGAUAACAAGUCGAAAUUUGUAGACGAUUCAUUUCCACCAGCUCCAAAAUCUCUGUUCCAAAAUGGCACUGUCCCGCCAGAGAAUCGGGUUACUCAGUGGCUCAGACCGAAGGAAAUCAGUCUAUCAAAUUCCGAAUCAGACGCAUACGAUUCGUGGGAAGUGUUUCGAAACCCGUUACCGUCAGAUAUAUCUCAAGGCAUUCUUGGCAAUUGUUGGCUAUUGAGUGCCUUGGCUGUGCUGGCCGAACGCGAAGAGCUCGUCAAAAAGGUGAUGGUAACCAAGGACUAUUGCUCGCAAGGAGUUUAUCAAGUCAGAUUGUGCAAAGAUGGCAAAUGGGUUACCGUUUUGGUGGAUGAUUUGUUACCAUGUAAUGAACACGGUCAUCUGAUGUAUUCUAGAGCUCGAAGAAAGCAACUUUGGGUACCGUUGAUUGAGAAAGCUGUGGCUAAAAUUCAUGGAUCGUACGAAGCUUUAGUAUCUGGUCGAUCGAUCGAAGGACUCGCUACGUUAACCGGUCAACCUUGCGAAAGCAUUCCUCUUCAGCAAUCCUCGCUGCAACCAGAAGAAGAACUGGACUACGACCUGAUUUGGGCGCAGUUAUUAAGUUCAAGACAGGCGAAAUUCUUAAUGGGAGCGUCUUGUGGAGGAGGUAACAUGAAGGUGGACGAAGAAGAAUACCAUAAAAAUGGUCUCAGAGCCAGACAUGCUUAUUCGGUUUUGGAUGUAAGAGAUGUUCAAGGAUAUCGUCUACUGCGUUUGAGAAACCCUUGGGGUCAUUUUUCGUGGAAAGGGGACUGGUCCGAUCAAUCUGAUAAGUGGACCCCUGAAUUGAGACAGAUACUGAUGCCGAAUGGACUCUCCGGUGGUGUAUUUUGGAUCUCGUUCGAUGAUGUGUGCAAAUUUUUCGAUUGCAUCGAUAUUUGCAAAGUUAGAGAUUCUGGUUGGAACGAGGUCCGAUUGAGAGGCAUUUUACCGCCAAUGUCUUGCCCCAGAUACGCCUCCUGUGUGUUGUUAACGGUCAUGGAGCCUACCGAAGUGGAGUUCACCUUGUUUCAAGAAGGUCAAAGGAAUUCGGUAAAAUCUUCGAGAAGUCAUUUGGAUCUAUGCGUGGUAGUUCUGCGUGCUCGAGCUCACCAGAAUUCGUAUCAAGUAGGACCUUUGGUCGAACACAGCCGUCGACAAGUUCGCGGAUUCGUUGGCUUACAGAAAAUGCUCGAAAGCGAUGUGUAUUUCUUGGUAUGCCUGGCGUUCAAUCAUUGGCAUACAGGUAUCGAAGAACCAGCCAAUUAUCCGCAGUAUAUUUUGGCAAUUCAUAGUUCGAAGAAGCUUCUAGUUGAACAGAUUUCACCCCCUGGGUAUGUUCUGGCGGAUACAUUGAUCAAUUUGACCUUAGCCAAGGGUCAGCGGCAUGAGGGAAGAGAAGGAAUGACAGCGUAUUACUUGACCAAAGGUUGGGCCGGUUUGGUUGUAAUGAUUGAAAAUCGCCACGAUAAGAAAUUCAUUCACGUUAAAUGCGAUUGCAAAGAAAGCUACAAUGUUAUAUCGACCAGAGGCGAGCUUUUGACCACCGAUGCUGUACCGCCGUUACACAGACAAGUGAUCAUAGUUCUAACGCAAUUAGAAGGUAGUGGAGGUUUCUCGAUCGCUCACCGCCUUACUCAUCGUUUAGCCAACGACGCGUUUGUUUUCAAUUGGGCCACAAAUGGCGCGCCACACUCGCCUGAAAUCGAUGAUAAAGUCGCAGGUCUUCACGUUCCCAGAAUAAUUACCUGAAAUGUUACCUUGAUAUGUUAGAAUGGAUUUAUUUCUCUCUCUAUUUUUUUUAUACUCGUAUUUUUUUGGUUCUUUUUCUCUCAUUUGUGUUUUAAUUUCGUUAUCUGUUCUUUUCUUUUUUUUUAAUAUUACACAGAACCGGUUUGAUGGUUAUUUUGUGUCAUGAAAGUUUUUUUUUUUUAUUGUGUUUAUUAAGAUAACGUAUUUCAAGCUGAACUUUCGUAGAUUUAGUAAUGCCUCGUUUUGAUUUCAUCUUAUAUUUAUGUACCUAUUGAUUUUUGUUUCUUUCGUACAAUUAUGCAUACUUUUCUAUUUUUUCCCCUUUUAAUUUAUAUCCAUGUUGUCGAUCUUGAAACAUCGAAGAUCUUAGGAUUUCUUUCACUCAGUGUUACUGCCGUUUUUUUUUCUCGUAUGUGUGUGUGUUGUAAAAUGAUCCUAAUCGUUGAUAGAAUUUUUUUUUAACGUUUUUAUAAUACCUAGUUUUUUUCCCAGUCAUGUUUUCUUUUUCUUUAAAAGAUUUUUGAAAAUCUCGCACACGCAUACUCACAAGCACAUUAUUUUUAUCAAGUUACUGUAAACUUUCUUCGUGUUGAAUUCUGUGAAAAAAUAUGCCGAGCAUUAGAUGAAGUAUCGCCGCGAGUUUUUUUUCUUUCUUUUUUUCGAGUUGUUAAAAGUGUGAUAUUUUCGUAUUGUGGAUGUUUACCGUAUUGAAUUGAUAAUUUGAUAUUAUUUUUUUCGUGGAUUUACGUACCCGAGUUAUAUAAUGUAUGUUUUUGUCGAAAAAUCGCACACGCGGGCGCAGUCGAUUUAUAUGAUCAAUUAUUUACGAUUAAUUUUCGUGUAUAUUAUACUCUUUUUGAAAAAAUAAUCAUCGCUGAAUUUUAUUAAUAAACGAUUUGUGUUUGAAAAUUAA